CACAAUCUCAUCUCAACAUGGGACUAGGAGGAUAAUCACCUGAGUGGAGACUUGUCACUUGAAUUCAACAUCGUUUUAGUUGUUUGUUUUCUUAGUUUGAUAACUUGUGGUUUACUGAAGUAAGGGUAGACGAACUACCCGGGUUGAUAGUUGAAAAUAUACAUGCUCUACACUACACCUAUUUCGAAUCUGUUGUUGGAAAACAUCACCUCUAAAGGGUUUUUAAUGAUUGAUCUACUUACCGUCGCCCGAAUUAAAACCAAGCACAUACCCAUUCUCCCUUGCCUAGGUGCUCCUUUGAAGAGCUUUAGGGCAAAUUUUGUGGCAGUUUUGUCGUUGACGCUCCGGAUAGCCUCCGGCAAGACUCUAGUGACCUUCUCCAGCUAUUUUUAGCCGUAUUUUGACCUUCUCACCUCCAUCAUCAUUCCUACUUGAUUCUAUAUAUGUGUUUUGACACUUAUCUUGUUUAAGUUGGAGAAUCGGAUAUGAGUUGUAGGUUGAGGAUGAUUUGAAUGCUUGAUUUAUUUGAUGAAAUUGGGCAAGGGGUUUGAUAUAUGAUGAUCAUUUGCAUGUAUCCAUAUUGGUUGUAUGCUUGUUUGUGCCUUUGUGGGAAAAAUUAUGCAUGCUAUGGAUAUUGUAUUGAAACAUGCCCACCAAGUGCUUGAUUAAAUGCUUAGUCUUGAUACCAUGUUGUGAUUGUUGAAUGGUGGCCUUUGAGGCAUGUUCUAUUAUUGAAAAUGCAACCCAAUUGAUAUAGGAAGCACCUAGUUUCAUUCCUCGAUGUGUUUCAGGGAGGAUUGAGCUCAUUUGAUGGUGACCCGGCCUUGUGAAAAGUUUAUGUCACCUUAUCACCUAUGUUAGAAAUUAACUAUGGGGAAGUGAUUUUCCUCCCCAUUAUGCUUUGUCUAUUGAUAUUUCCACGUAUGGUGCUUGUCAAUUUGGUGUUUUGACGGAUGGUUGACCCUAUGCACCCGUACAUCCAUCACUUGGUGAAUCACCCCAUGUAUGGGGAUCGAUAUGAGUAGUGGAGAAAUUACAACAUUGGACCCCGUUGGCGCCUCGACCUGGACAUGUUCGGGCUUUUCCACUGCCAUACUUCAAUCUCAGUAGUCUUCGCUCAUCCGUAGUGGUGCCAACUGCUCAGCAUUGUUGAAUGGAUCCUGUAGGAGCUAUGCUUGGAGUUCUACUCCACCUUUGGGCACGAGCAGCCUCGAUUGCGACAUGCCCAGCCAUAUAUCAAGUUCAAUCUCGAUGGCAUCAUCCACAUGAUUGUAUAUGACACCUUGAAACUGGGCUUUGGGGCUCAACACGGCAACCAUGACCUUGACAAUUUUUUGAGUAAACUUGGGAUGUGGUUCCCCAGUGGGUGUACGAGGCGAUCUACCUAGAGGAGCACUGGGAUCACAUGUUUCGUGUGCAUCACACAAAGGCGAAUCAGUUCCAACCCUAGUGAAAGAUCCUCGACUUGUUGGUGACACACCUUGUUUUCAUAAUCUGCAAGCUCAAAGGCAAGUGACCCUCCGCGAGAUAGUGGCGCUUCACACUAUGAGCGCACCUCGAAAGCCCAUCCAUCUAUAAGCAUUCAUGGAAACAUCAUUUCUAAGGAUUUUGGGCCGAGUGCAUAUCUACAAUAUGCACUUGGGCCCUAUCAUCACUCGACUCGUGAGAUUCUUUGGAGUCGACACUGCCAACUGCACAAUGGUUAGGAGGACGGAGAUCUUCCCGGUGGAGACACUCCAUCAUAUGGGUUUGGUGCGUGUUGAGAGAGGCAUAGAUUACAUUGAUGGCCUCGGACCUUUGUCCCUCUUCCGACUAGUGGUUGGAGAGUCGUCCCGGAGGGCUCCACCAUCGCGCAAAUGGGGCCACAUUGGUGCCUCUACUUCAUCAUCAGGAGUUGGUCCUUCUUCCUCGGGAAAUAUUGAGGACUGAGUCACUACAUUUGAGGUCCAGGUAGCUGGUUUCUCCUCUCAGCUUGACUGAUAGUGUGACGCCCGAUGUCAUUCACACCACAUGGAGGAGGAGCUCCUACGCUCUCACGACAUCCAGUUCUAGGUGCCCACUGGCAUCCUUUGCCUCUUUUCUAGGAGAAGCCAUCACAGGACGACGACCAGUCAUGAGUGCCAUGUUGGCACUAUAGUGCCACCACUCCACUUCUCUACCCUUUGAUUCUGAACUUUUGUUUUUCUCUUAGUGUGUGUGAAUGUGAAAUACUUAGUUUGUUUUUCUUUUAUUCUGACGUUUAAUAUUUUAUUUGUGGUAAUAACCUUGACUUUGGUGAACAUGUGUUUGUGUUGGUGUGUUUGUUCUACGUAAAGCUCUCUAUAUCCCUCAAAACUGUUUGGACUCCCGUCAAACUUCCACUCAUUAAUGAUUCGGUAACUUGGCGAGUGAAUGCAAAUGUGAUGAAUAGCCUAAAUUUGAAUGAUUUGGAUCCUUGUUAUUUCCAAAUUUCUACAAUUUGAGGGUUCCAAGAACUUUUGAAAUGAAUAAUUGGAUUUGGC